ACAACCUCCCGGAUGUCAAUAAACCAUGUCACGACUAUUAGCGAUUUCUGCAAGAUCCGGCUUCGUCAGACGGUGUCGAACGGCUCUGUUGGUGACAAAUUCGAGGUUGUUGAGUGAUUCGGAUUCAAACAAGUUGAUUCAUAAGUUGGUGACAAACGAUGACGUCGUUCUGUUUAUGAAAGGCACACCCGAUGAGCCAAGAUGUGGCUUCAGCAAUGCAGUCGUUCAGAUUCUUAGGAUGCACGGUGUUAAUAAAUAUGCAAGCCACAAUAUCCUAGAAGAUGACAACAUACGGCAAUCAGUUAAAGACUAUAGCAACUGGCCCACGUUUCCGCAGGUUUACUUUAAAGGAGAAUUUGUUGGUGGAUGUGACAUCAUGAUGCAGAUGCAUCAGAAUGGAGAUCUGGUUGAAGAGUUGAAGAAAGUUGGAAUUCGUUCCGCUCUCCUUGAUUGCGAGAAAUGAGUUUACACAUGUAAACAUUAUGCCCGGUACUAUCAGUACACUUAGAUAUGAGUAGUUGUCAGGAGUUUAGAGAGUAAAUAUCUUUGCAUGCCUACAUUGAUAUACUGAGGCUCGAUGGAGAGCCAUGUGAUCACGCCCCUUUCUGUUGUGCGACCCGGUUAGAAGCCUCGUUAUGCCCGGCAAUAACAAUUUAUCUAUUGCUACACCAG